AAACCUCCGCCCUUUUGAAGAGAAUCUGUAUUAUAAUAUUUAGCGUAGGUAUCUAUUAGAUCUAGGCUGCACCUUCCUUCUCAACAUCCCUGCUCUGCAAUUGGAUUGGAUCACCCAAUUUCCGGCUCCGGUUUUCUCAGGCCGAUCUCCCGUCAGAUUUGGCAGCUGUCGUUUGUGCCUGGGAGCAAAUUAUGUCGACCGCGAACAUGGAGGAUGUGAAGGACCAAGAGCUUGCUGAUAGGAGUCCUACAAAUGAAGGUCAUGGUGACAGUGCUGAGCAGGACGUGAAAGCUUCAGAAGAAAGUCACAACGAACAUCCCAUGCCAUCAGUUCAGAAAGAGGAGGAAACAAUUAAGAAAAAGUAUGGAGGCAUUAUUCCUAAGAAGCCUCCACUAAUAUCCAAGGACCAUGAGCGGGCUUAUUUUGAUUCAGCCGAUUGGGCAUUGGGAAAGCAGGGAGCACAUAAGCCGAAAGGACCACUUGAAGCACUCCGCCCAAAGCUACAGCCCACACCGCAUCAGCAAGUGCGUUCCAGGCGUGCCUCCUAUGCGAGGGCAGAUGAUGUCGAAGAUGGUGUUAAUAACAGCAGUUCAGAGGAGGAAGUCCAACCCAGCGUAACCAAUGUUAGCAGCAGUGACAACACCAGCACAAACACCGCUACUGAGGAUCAAAGGCACCAUGAUUAGCUACCUCCUGCUUCCCAAAUUAGAAAAGCAAGUCCCAAAUCUUUUACCAAAGUGCCAGAGCAAAUAAGCAAUUUGAAUCAUGUAGCAUUCUUUUUACUUGGUGUAUCAUGAAUCAUGUAACAGUAUUACUCUGCACUAUAUUAUGGCAUUCACGGUUUCUCUAA